AAGAUCUUCCUUGAUCCAAUUAUGAAAAAAUGUUUAGAAAAGGAAAAAAACGACACAGCAGCAGCAGCUCACAAAGCAGUGAAAUCAGUACUAAAAGCAAGGUUUUGGAAUGAUCAGUUGAAUAUUCUGGAUUUUCCAAGGUGCCGUUUCACUUCCCUUGCACUGCUAUGUUAUUUCAAGCAUUGGUGACAAGCAUAUAGUUGUCAAUUUCUUCAAGUUAAGAUGCAGUACCAGAAAAGUCUGGACAUAACUUUAAGUCUGUAGAUUCCAGUCUUGGGGGACUUUCCAGGUCUAGUACUGUGGCUAGUCUAGAUACAGACUCCACAAAAAGUUCAGGACAAAGCAAUAGUAAUUCUGAUACAUGUGCAGAAUUCAGAGUUAAAUAUGUUGGUGCCAUUGAAAAAUUGAACUAUAAUGAGAGCAAAAGUCUGGAAGGGCCAUUGGACUUGAUAAAUUACAUAGAUGUUGCACAGGUAAGUGAGUUACAAAAGACAAUACCAGCAAUGUCAGAACAUCUUAAGGUUAGGUGUAUUUCUUUCAUAUUAUCACAAGAUCUAAUGUAUUUCUUUGUAAAUUUUAGACUUAGUAGAAUAAAAUAGCUUACUUCAAAAAACAUUAAGCUAUGAAUCUCAAAACCUGUCACGCUCAAUUCCAUCCUAUUGAGCAGCUGGAGAAGAUGCACCCAAAAAGCUGUUCUGAAGAAGCAGGCUCAGAGCAAAGGCCCUUUGGAUGAGUCACUACUGAACAAGUAUCCCAACUGAAAGUUGUUAUAUUGUCUUCAGCACUGCUAGGAUUAGUCACCAGGAAAGAAUAUCUCCUCCAGAUUUCCUCAGUACUGUAGAAGUUUUCCCAUAGAGGAAAAUGUCAAGUUUCUGCUUACAAUCACUUAUGAACCUCUGACCAAAGAACCUGAAUAAUAUUUGGGUCACCCUUGCCAAACUGUGGUUGCUUAUACUUAUUUUUUACUAAAAGCCAUAACUGGUUGUUCUUAUUAGGUAGCUGAUCAUUUGUAUCUUUAAAAGCACAGAAUGUCUGUUCAUCUUACAGCAACUUGACAUUUCAAGUAUCUGAAUAUAUGCUAAAACUAUUUUUACAGUCCAAUAACAAAAUUGCUGCCAGUGUGGAAUGUAGAUCACCCAGGGUCAGCGCAUCAUGACAGGGCAUGCAUUAUUUUUUAGCCCAUCUGAUUUGCCCACAGUACCAAACUCCCCCGAGAUGAUAAGUUUAUUUCUGGAAUCAUGUAAUAUUUAGAAUAGAAUAGACUAGACUAUUCCAGUUGGAGGGGACCUACAACGGUCAUCUAGUCCAACUGCCUGAUGACUUCAGGGCUGACCAAAAGUUAAAGCAUGUUGUUAAGGGCAUUGUCCAAAUGCCUCUUGAACGCUGACAGGCUUGAGGCAUCAAUCACCUCUCUAGGAAGCCUGUUCCAGUGUUUGACCACCCUCUUGGUAAAGAAAUGCUUCCAGAUGUCCAGUGUAAGCCUCCAAGCCUCCCCUGAAUGUAUUUCACAUAACAUUAAGAGAUUGGAUGAGUGCAAGAGUGGCAGGCAGACUCCACACAGCAAGAUACAAGCAGGGUUAGUGAUGUUGCUGAUCCAGUGGACUAAAGUACACAUAAACCCAUGUUCUAUUAUGUAUCUGUUGUUCAUGUUCUUCUGUCUGCACUAAAGGCUUUUGUUUGUUUCCCUCCAAAGCAAGAUGGAAAGUUACCUUUUGUUCCAGGUGAAGAGGAGUUUAUUAUGGGAGUUUCCAAAUACGGCAUUAAAGUUUCAACAUCUGAUCAGUAUGAUGUGUUACAUAGGCAUGCUCUCUAUUUAAUUGUACGGAUGGUCUGCUAUGAUGAUGGUCUGGGAGCGGGAAAAAGUUUACUGGCUUUGAAGACAACAGAUGCAGCCUCUGAAGAAUGCAGCCUCUGGGUAUAUCAGUGCAAUAGUUUGGAACAAGCACAAGCUAUUUGCAAAGUGUUAUCUACAGCCUUUGAUUCAGUUCUAAUGUCGGAGAAGUCCUGAUUUUCUUCAGCAGCACGUGACUGUGUAGUACAAGAGGCCUUUGUGUGAGGAGGGAGUGGGGCUCCUUUGUGAUACCACAGACUGGCAGUAGCUACAUCCAAACCUAGAAAAAAAGACUUGCUGUGCAAAGAAGAGCCAUACAACCUUGCACAUGGUACUUUGUCAUUCCCCACCCAUCAUGACUUGAAGAAAUUAUUCCAUCUUCAGUUUCCAAGACAACACAGAAUUUUAUAUUUAACAUGAAUUUUUUUCCUAAAUCAUGUUUUGUAUAUUAAUGUCAAUAUUGUAGAAAUGUAAAAUAAAACUGACACUUACUUCUA